AUGGACAUGAAGGGAUAUUAUUCAGUUUCCUUGACAAAAAAACACAUGAAAGACUCAUUUUUUUCACCCCAAUUCACAACAAGACAACACCAAUGCAAACAAGAAAAUCAUCUUGUCUCAGAACAAACAAGUUUACUAAAUCAUUCUCUCAAAUUGUCUUCUUCCACUUCCCAAAACAAUCUACCACCUAUUCUACAUGUUUUUGUUACUUUGCUUCUGUUUUUUACCUCUAUUAGUCCUAUCUUGUCACACCCCAUUCUCUCAAAUUCAACUUCAUCACAACAACUAAUCUCUCACACCAACAAUGUUAACCAAACUUUUAGACCGGAUUUCGCAUUGCGUAAAUUGAAGAGAAUCAGAGCUCACUUGACGAAGAUCAACAAGCCUGCCGUCAAGACAAUUAAGAGCCCAGAUGGAGAUUUGAUAGAUUGUAUUAUAUCUCAUCAACAACCAGCUUUUGACCAUCCAAAACUCAAAGGACAAAAACCAUUGGAUCCACCAGAAAGGCCAAAAGGGUACAACAAUAACAACAACAAUGUAGAAAAUGCAACAUAUAACUUUCAGCUAUGGACUGAUUCCGGCGAAACAUGUCCUAAAGGAACAGUUCCAAUCAGAAGAACAACAGAACAAGAUUUUCUUAGAGCAAGUUCUGUUAGAAGAUUUGGAAGAAAACCAAGAGGUGUUAGGAGAGACUCAUCCGGCACCGGUCAUGAGCAUGCAGUUGUUUUUGUAAAUGGAGAACAAUAUUAUGGAGCAAAAGCAAAUAUAAAUGUUUGGACACCAAGAGUAACGGAUCAAUAUGAGUUCAGUUUGUCGCAGAUUUGGGUUAUUGCGGGAUCAUUUGGUAAUGAUCUUAAUACAAUAGAAGCUGGAUGGCAGGUAAGUCCUGAGUUAUAUGGUGACAAUUAUCCGAGAUUCUUCACUUAUUGGACUACGGAUGCGUAUCAAGCAACUGGAUGCUACAAUUUACUAUGUUCGGGAUUUAUACAAACAAACAACAGGAUAGCAAUAGGAGCUGCAAUCUCUCCGAGAUCAAUCUAUAAUGGAAGACAGUUUGAUAUUGGCUUAAUGAUUUGGAAAGAUCCAAAGCAUGGACAUUGGUGGCUUGAGUUUGGAUCAGGUCUAUUAGUUGGAUAUUGGCCAGCAAACAUAUUUAGUCACUUGAGAAAUCACGCAAGCAUGGUACAAUUCGGAGGAGAAAUCGUGAAUUCGCGAUCAAGAGGCUACCACACAGCAACUCAAAUGGGAAGUGGACAUUUUUCAGGAGAAGGUUUUAGAAAAGCAGCAUAUUUUAGAAACUUACAAGUAGUUGAUUGGGAUAAUAACUUGCUUCCUUUAUCAAAUAUUCACCAAUUAUCUGAUCAUUCAAAUUGCUAUGAUAUUAAAGAAGGAAGAAACAAUGUUUGGGGAACUUACUUUUAUUAUGGAGGUCCCGGAAGAAAUGUGAGAUGUCCAUGA